UAUUAUUGCAUCUGCGACUCUGAUCUCCACACUCGCUGCGGGUGCCACGAAAAGAGAAGCCGAAAAUAUUUUAGUCGAGUUCCGGAAAUCGGAGGAGUCCAUGAGAGAUCGUCUUUUCGUACUGCAAGUGUGGCGCAAAUACGAUCAGGAGACGGCCGACAAGCUUGCACGGCGAAAGGCUGGAGAAUACUUGGAUCCAGAACUGGCAAAAGUUUUGGAGGAACGGGAGAAGAAAAUGGAUCGGGAGAAACACGAAAGAGAGAAAGACAGGGACAAAUUCGGCAAUCGAUCAAAACGCUACAGGAGUGACUCGUCAUACCGCGGCGAUUCCAGACCGAGUACAUUAGAUCACGGAACCUAUCAUACCGGUGGACGUGGUGGUUUUGGAUACGGGUACGGCGGAGGAGGCUACGGAGGAAGUUAUGGCGGACACGGAGGAAGUUAUGGCGGACACGGCGGAGGUGGAAGUUAUGGGGGUCGAGGCGGAAGUUUCCGAGGUGGAAAACGACCGGGACCAGAACAAAAAUGUCAUCUCUGCGGCGAUCCAGGACAUUUUUUCAAACAAUGUCCAACAAAAAAGUAAUCAUUACGAUGCCAAUA